CCUCGCCUCCUCCCCUCCCCUGCCUCACGCAGGAGAUGGGGAGAGAAGUUUGCUCGCGGCGCGGUCCGGCGAACAUUACUGUAUUUCAUUUGGGAAACAGCAACAAGAGCCUCUGGAAAAGCUUUCCAGGGAAUGCCGAGGAAUAUCCAAGUAACCAGCAACACCAGCCGCAGCUAAUUAUCACCUCGUUCCGUUUGAAGACAAAAAAAAAAAAAAAUUAAUGAGGUUUAGUCGUCAUCAUUGAUGUCGCCAAAUUAGUGGGAAGCUCGGGUCAGUGGGACAGCGGCCGCGCGCGGACGGUUGUCUGUCGGAGGGUGCUUUUAAAUUUGUGGGUCCUGGAGAAGAAGCGCAGAGCGAAGCAGCGACAGAGAGAGGAGAGGAGGAAAAAAAAACAGGAAAGGAAGAAAAAGAAGACCGUCCAAGUGAAAGUGAUAAAGAGUCCCGCUCAGAAUGAAUAACAACAAAAUCGAGAAAGAAAACGAGCAGAGUGAAUUCACCAACCACGAAGAGGAGGUCCGAACGCUAUUUGUCAGUGGGCUACCACUGGAUAUUAAACCACGGGAGCUCUAUCUCCUCUUCAGACCAUUUAAGGGCUAUGAAGGCUCCUUGAUAAAGCUCACUUCUAAACAGCCAGUGGGGUUUGUCAGUUUUGACAGUCGAUCAGAGGCGGAGGCUGCUAAGAAUGCCUUGAACGGGGUACGUUUUGACCCAGAGAUUCCCCAAACUCUGCGGCUGGAGUUCGCCAAGGCCAACACCAAGAUGGCCAAAAACAAGCUGGUCGGUACUCCCAACCCCCCACCAACCCAGCAGAGCCCUGGACCACAGUUCAUAAGCAGAGACCCAUAUGAGCUCACAGUGCCUGCUCUAUAUCCCAGCAGCCCAGACGUGUGGGCCUCAUACCCGCUGUACCCGGCGGAGCUGUCGCCGGCCCUUCCACCCGCUUUCACCUACCCCUCCUCGCUCCACGCUCAGAUUCGUUGGCUCCCGCCUGCAGAUGGAACUCCUCAGGGAUGGAAGUCCAGGCAGUUCUGCUGAAGUAUGUGCUCCUGAUGUGUGAUGGUGGCCGUGGCCGGCUGUGACGGGUGUUGCCGAUUGCCUCUCGUGUCCUAUUAGAAAUCAGGACGACCGACCCGACUCCAGGUCCCAGAGCAGCGCACCGUCGGCAGCAGCAGCCUCAUGGGCCUCAGGAUAUACUAGACCCUAGCCUCCAUCACACAUCGAGCCCCCCUCCCUUCCCCAAAAGUCCCUCCAAAUCUUUUUUAUACUGUUACGUAAAUUUACGGGCAGCGCUUGGCUACACCUCCUCCGACACCUCAAUGAAAGGUACCAGGCACGCACGACAAAGGCGACCGCGCUCUUUGUUUACCGACUGACUGCAUCGCGUGCCUGGCUGGUCUCUCGCUUUGCAUCCUCUACGUGCAAAUGUAAAGCCAACCACCUGAGGAGCGCAAACGUGUUUUAUGCAGGCCAGACGCCUGGAAGUGUGGCUAACGUGCUACUGAGUAAUGUUAUUAUAUGACUAUAAUUAUUGCUAUUCUGUAUAUCAUUCAUAUUAAUGUUAUUAUGAUUAUUAAAUACAUGUUGAAGCAUGACUUUGCAAAAAAGAAAAAAAGGAAAGAAAAAAAACCCCAAUGCUGUACAUUUUUAGAUAUUUUAGAGAAAUACAAAAAGGUAUUUUUGUAAUCAAGACGAUGUUUGAAAUGGUCGUUUGGGUUGUGCUAAAUCACAGGACAUUUUACACCCCCCUUCUGUUUUCGUGCCAUUUUAAAAUGACAAGUCACCCUGCUCUCCCAAAGCAGUCCUGUCAGUUUGCUCUCAUCUUUCCUUCGAGUGAAUUUUUGUUUGCUUGUAUGUGGUGUGGAUGUUUUUUUUUUUUCUUUCUUUCUGUGGUGUCUUUACCCAAUGAAAGCAAACACAGAAGUCCUUUGUCUGAAGCGAUGUUAAUGCUGAGUGACAAAACGCACCUGAUCCAGCUCGUAGUUUGGCUGUUUGAGGUAAUCAGAUGUGUGAAAAGAGGCACUGACAGGAAAAAGCCAUCGCCGGUGAAGGUAGCGUGACCUCAGAGACGGCAAUACGUGGCAAACUGAGCCCUGCUAUAAUUAGGAAUCUGCUCCUUCACUGUGUAGCAGGAGGACAGCAGCACAGUAUAGAGAAACAAGACCAAAGGCAUUUUUUUUUUUUUUUUUUUUUUUACACUGGAGAGCUAUCUACGCUAGUGGUUUAUUCCAUUUUUGACUACUUUGUAGUCCUCAGUCUGAUUUCUUAUGAAGUGUGACAUUAUUUUUGCAGCAUGUCCCUUUUGGUGUCACUCCAAAGAGCCGCUCUGCAUCUGAAAGGAUACUCAUUUGUCUCUUUUGUCUAUUUUUAGUGAGUCAGUGUGAUUCAACCUGCUUUUGUAAAGUUUAAAUUUACAUAAUAAUGAUUGGAGUGAGAUUAAAACAAAAUACAAUACAAAAACAAAAAAAAAAACAAAAAAAACAACAAUCUUUUGUAAUCUUGUGUCUUUCUGGGCCCGCAAUAAUGUCUUUGCUGUAUGACAUAUCAGAGUGAUCAUAUUUCUGUGACAUUUUGAUGCCAAAAUCUUCAUUCAUUUAUACAAAACUCAUCAUUCUUGUACUUUUCCAAAGGCGAAGUCACAUUUCACGCUGAUGUGACAAUCAGAAACUGUAGGAAGAAUAAGCCCCCCCCGUAAUGUUUAGCCCGUUUCUGUACAAUUAUAUCAGACCGGUUGAAUCAUACAGUAGUCAAGUGUUUGUAAUUAAUAACUAUAUGCAUCAUAUCUAUUAAAUCAGCUGUUUUUCUGAAGCAGUUUUUGCUUUUACAGACAUUUUUAAGCCAAGCGUGGCACCGAAAUUUAUUAGAACAAGUAUUUAUACAACGUGUGUGAAUGUUAUGUGUGUUUUUUAUGGGUGUUGUCUUUUUAAGGUUCCUAAAAAUGCCCAUCAUAUAAUUCAAUGUAAGUAUUAUUGUAAGAUUAAUUGUAUUUUUAUUUGGUAAAUUUUCUAGAGCUUUUCUCGUUUGUAUCAGCCUGAUCGGAGCAUACUGUAUGUAACAUGUGAAUACUCUUUUACCCGCAUAAUUCACUGUGAAAUCCAGAGAAGAAGAAGUACUCCUUGGACGAAUGGGUCUUUUGUGUUCUGCCAGCAGUACGGUACAGAAGAAUCGAUAAGAUGAUCCCGCCUUUUUGUCAACGAAAAAAGAUUUCUUUACUUGUUUCAGUAUAGCGCGUGUGUAGCUGUGUGUUCAGUGCAUGUUCACGGCAUGUGUGUGUUCUUUUUUUCUUUUUUCUUAAUGCAUACAGUACUGUUGAUAUUUAUGUACUUUAGCCGCUGUAAGGAGAAACUGUAUUUCGGUGAAUUGCAGAGGUUUGUUUGUUUGAAACAAAAAAACAAGAGAGAUGAUCAAAAUGAAACGUUUUUAUGAAAAUGUUAAAUGAAGACAUUUCAGGCCAUCUGCCAUUAAAGACUGACAUUAUC